AUGCGCAUACGACGAAACCUAGUCACCCUGUUCAAUAAAACAACGAUAAUUCCAUUUAAGUUUCGCGGAAAGUAUCUUUGCUUCUAUUGUAGCAAGUACGUUGAGGAAUUCACCGAACUCAGGCGACACACUAAGGGACAUGGCGAAUGUUCCAUACGAACACACUCCUUGAAAGCAAUAAGAGGUGUUAGUAACGUGGAAAUAAAGAUAGAUGUCUCUGACAUCAGUUGUGAGAUUUGUAAAGAGGUUUUUCCGAGUAUAAGUGAGGUUAUCGAGCAUUUAGUCGUGGAACAUAGUGUGGAGUAUGAUAAGGAUAUUGAGAUGCCCUUUGAGGAGUAUCGACUUAAAGACCUUGCAUGUCUGAAUUGUGAAGCGAAAUUCACGUUCUUCGGCUAUCUUGUCUCUCAUGUCAACAGUAACCAUCCCAAAAAUAGCUUCACAUGCGAAACGUGCAAACAGAAAUUUAAUAAAAAGCGAGAUUUAUUCUCGCACACGAAAAAUUAUCACAGGGAAGGCGGCUUCGUGUGCGAUUCGUGCGAUUUGACGUUCACCUCAUUGAACAUAUUGAAUAAGCAUAAGAUUAAUCGUCAUAUGUCGCGGUGUAAUAUAUGUUUUUUGAAAUUACCCUCGGCUGUGCUGAAACGUAAACAUAUGAAAACCGAGCACCCGGAUGACGGGUCGUUGAAAUGCAAAUUGUGUUUCAAACAGUUUCAUACGGACAUCGGUUUGAAAAUGCAUUCUAGGAAUUGUAGGAAUGCCGAAGUUGUCUUUGAUGACAAUGAUGUUGACGUUAUGGAUUCUGAUGUUAAGUAUGACGCUCCUAAACGUACGAGCGUUAAACAGCUGCGCGAGAAUAUAUCUAUAGUCAUUACUAUGUCCACGGCGAUACCUUUUAACUUCUUUCAGAAUAAAUUCAAUUGUUUCUUCUGUUCUAAAGACUUUCAAGAUCCGAAUUCCCUAAGAGAACAUACAAUAAUGACGCAUCAGAUAUGCGACGUACGAAAUAGUAUACGCAAAUGCCGCGAAUCGGAAUCCUCGGUCAAAAUAGAUAUAGCCACGCUGGCUUGCAAGCUUUGCUUUGAGACGUUUACCGAUUUAGACGCAUUACUAAAUCAUUUGAUUUCGAAACACGACGCCAAUUACGAUAAAACAAUUAACACAUGUCUCCAACCGUACCAUUUGGUUAAAGAUCAUAUGCAGUGUCCCCUAUGUUCGGAGGUUUUUAGAUUCUUCGGAACACUGCUAAAACACAUGAACACGAUACAUACAGAUAAUAAAAAUAUUUGUGUGCAUUGUGGACAGUCGUUUCGUAGGGAACAGAAUCUUCGCGUUCAUCUAUGGCGGCGGCAUAGUGAUGGGAAGUUCAACUGUAGUGUAUGUGGUUUAGACUGUGAUAUACCGUCGAGGCUCUUCAUGCAUAUGGCCAAGCAGCAUGGUGUGAAAGCGGCGAAGUGCCCGAUGUGCCCAGAGACUUUUGAGACGCAGUACUCGAGGCAGAAACAUCUGAUAGAGGCCCACAAUUCGGGGCACAAGUGCACGUAUUGCGGCAAAUUGUUUACGAGGGAAUCGUUUAUGAGAGAUCACGUGAGGCGGACGCAUUUGAAGGAGAAAAAUGUGGAAUGUACGAUUUGUAACGCGAAGUUUUUUAAUAAUAUUUUGUUACGGCGACAUCUGGUGAAGCACAGUGGUGUUAAGAACUUUCAUUGCGAUGUCUGUGGGGAUAGGUUUUAUUGGAAGAAGAGUUUGAGUACGCACAUGGCGAAGCAUAAGAAAAAUGAUGAGUUGCACCAUUAG